AUUUUUUUAGUUGCACUAUUCAAACUGUCAUGAGUCACGAACCUAGAUAGGAUAGGUGUACAAUUAAAAUAAAUAUAUAUAAGAAAAAUUGGUUCGAGGAUGAUUAGUUUGCUACAUAACGUGAAACAGCACAAAGUGGAUGAAUGCAUUGCCUCCACAGACCUGUGAAAGAGGCAUGAGUUCAGCGUUCCAAUGGAAAUGUGCUCUUCAGUCUACUUCCGCAGGCCGUGGCGUGAGGUUGUGGUGCGUGUAAGGAUAGCAUCAUCGCUGGAUAUUGUUUACUUAUUGCUCUCCACGUAAUUUUCAGCAAGAGUCGGAAUGUUGUCAAAGUUUGCACGUGAAAUUGCCCGCAGUUGUGGCCCUGCUGUCAGAAUAACCCAACGCGUCGAAAGUAAACUGUGGGUUAGAAAAUACUGUAUCCCUGCAUCUGCCAGUAAGGCUAACGAAGAAGUGGUUUUUCGGUCUCCCUAUACAGAUGUUGAUAUUCCUAAUGUGAGCCUCAUCAAGUACCUACGAGACAAAACCAAGCUCCAUGAUGACAGAAUAGCAUUGGUGUGUGGGGAAAACGGAGAAGAACUUCGCUAUGGCGAGAUGUGGCGUCGCGUGGAUAAUGUGGCCAGCGCAUUGGCACGGCUCGGCGUGCAGCGCAACACAACUGUGGCACUUGUGGCCCCCAACUGUCCUGAGCUCGUUGUGUCAUUUUUCGCCACAAUUUCUACGGGUGCUGUGGCUACAACAGUCAAUUGUCUUGCCACGCCAGCCGAGAUGGCGCGGCAGCUCGAGAACUCGGACACGGCGGUGGUGGUGUUCCAUCCUGCUAUGGCAGGCGUCGUGCAGCAGGCGGUAGGGCGACUCCAGCAGCAGAAACAAGGCUCUGUUAGGGCACUCAUCUGCACACACGCACUACCUGAGAAACAGCCUGGUCUGCUCUACCUGCCUGACCUUUAUGGGGACGAUGGUUCUGCUUUACCUUCUACUGCGUCGAUCAUCCCCAGCGAAGACUUGGUGGUGCUGCCAUACUCGUCAGGCACCACCGGCCUGCCCAAGGGCGUCAUGCUCACGCACUCGAACAUCAUCGCCAACCUGCAGCAGCUAACGCAUCACGAGGUUAUGGAUGUUAAUCCUGACGGUGAUGUGUUAUUUGGAGUGCUGCCGAUGUUCCAUAUAUACGGCAUGGUUGCUUGUCUCUUCAUGUCCGUCUCUAUGAGCUGCAAGGUUGUCACCUUCACCAAGUUCGAUCCUCAGCUCUACGUCCAGUCGCUCGUGAAAUAUCAGCCGACGAUCCUGCACACGGUGCCGCCCAUCCUGGGGUUCCUGGCGCAGACGCCGGAGGUGCGGCCGGAGUUCCUGCAGACGGUGCGCCUGCUGGUGUGUGGGGCGGCGCCCGUGGGGGAGGCUCUUGCUCGCUGCAUCACUCACAAGUUCGGCAGCCUGUUCAAGUUCCAGGAGGGCUACGGCAUGACGGAAAUGUCGCCCGUGUCUCACGUAUCCGCCAAGGCGGGCUACGUGCCCGGGUCCUGUGGCGUACCCGUGCCCAACACGGCCGCUAAGAUCGUACACGUGAAGACCGGCGUAGCGCUCGCUGCUGGCGAGGGAGAGGGGGAGCUGCUGAUCAAGGGGCCUCAGGUCAUGAAAGGAUAUCUUAAGAAUGAAGUGGCAACAGCAGAGACGAUUGACAGCGACGGCUGGCUACACACUGGCGACGUGGCCAAAGUUGACUCAGAUGGCAACUUCUACAUCGUCGAUCGCCUCAAGGAGCUCAUCAAAGUCAAGGGAUUCCAGGUCGCGCCCGCCGAGCUGGAGGACUUACUGCGCGGCUUCGUUGGUGUCGCCGACGUCGCCGUGGUUGGCGUGCCCGACGACAAGCUGGGCGAGCGCCCCAGAGCCUACGUCGUCAAGCAUCCUAACAACUCGGUGACGGAAGCAGCUCUAGAACAGUUCGUGGCCUCGAAAGUGUCGGUGCACAAAAGGUUGACGGGCGGCGUGGUCUUCGUUGACGCCAUUCCCAAGAACUCAACCGGCAAAAUAAUGCGUAAAGAGCUGCGGGAAAUGGCAGCUAAAGAGGCGUCUGCUGCGGCGUAAAGAGCUGCUUGAAAUGGCAGCUAAAGAGGCGUCUGCGGCUUAAAGAGCUGCGGGAAAUGGCAGCUAAAGAGGCAGCUGCGGCGUAAAGAGCUGCGGGAAAUGGCAGCUAAAAAUUCGGCUCACUAACUGCCAUGUUGCCCGUCGUAUAAAAUCUGUUGACUGAUGUUUGAGGGCGAAUUAGCUUUGGGUCAGAUGAUAUGAAGGUAUGGGGAUAUGAAUAAGGAAAACGAUCUUUAAUAUUAAAUGCAGGGAGCUGUGAUGUUAGGAAGAAAUUUAAAUACAUGGAAUAAUUGGAACGGUAAGAUUAUAAAGUUGCUGCCGAAGCUUGUAAAUCUUGUGUUUUGCAAUAAUAAAUGAUGAUGGUUGUCCUUGGCCAGCAAAAAUGAAUAAUUAUUUAGCGAGGUUUCAUUGUUAUUAUUAGGUCUUUGAGUGCUCAGAAGUUCCAGUGAUAUGGGCCGUUUAAUAGAGAUUACAGUGGUAACAAAUGACUUCUAUUUCCUUUGUAAAUAUUUUUUUCUAGGUUUUUGCCAUUUUCUUAUCCGAAUUAGAGGUCUGGGGUUGGUUGAUGGCCGCUCAAUCGAUGACUUGAAACACGCGAUGGCUUAUGCUUGCAGUGAAUGUUUCAAAUUUUUUUCUUUCUAGUGUAAUGAAUUGACAUGUCCGUUUUAUACCUGCGUGGUGAAUGUAAUGCGGCUUUUCUCUAAACGAAAUAUUGUUGAGAUUACGUUUAUGAAGCCUUAAUUUCAUUGUUUAUGUAACGCUAAAGCCUCAUGAAUGUUUUUUUGAAUAUCAGUCAUUUCCAUGCGGUUCGUUGUCAGUGCUGUGAUUGUGCGUUUCUCGAGUUGAGUUUCCAUUGAUGUUUAUGACAACGAACAUGUCAUUUAAAAUUAUAUUUAGACUCGCAUGUCAUUCAUACUUAAUUUUAUUAUAUUUCGGGUGUACAAUAGAUUUACAAUACAACUUGCUCUUCAAUGGACUUCUGAUUAUUGUUAAUUAAAUUUGAGGAUAAUUUCACUUACGGUUCCUUUAGAACUCAAUGUAAUUGUUCAAUUUCUUUUUUAAUAUUUUUAAAUACCGCCGGCUUUGUGGAGCCGGCCAAGAAUUCUUAACUUCAGUUCUUCUGUGUAAUUCCAAUCAAAUGAGUUUUUAAUGCUAAAGUAUUUGUUAUUAUUUGAUCGCUAACAUUCGCUUGUUAUUGUUUGUAACGCCGCACGCGUGUUGAUACUUGGCAUGCUAUACCUUUGUUGUUCUGGGGCCUUCAUUUCUAAUUUGGCAUCUGCUGCUAUUCUUUAGCAAUUUCAUCAGUUUCGAUUCCUUUACCGAAGUCUAAUUCUAUAGUUGAAUUUACUGAAUGUAUUUCAGGCAUUAAUGAUUGUUACGAAUCAGAAAAUUAUUUAUUAUACUAUUCUGAUUUUGGGUCAAUUUGUUUCUGACGGAGCAUCAGAUGUUCUCUUCACUGAGAACAUCGCCUUUUGUGUCUGGUGGUCGCAACCUGCAAACUAAUUCUACCGUUUCGUCAUGUUACCCCUUAUUAACUCUAACAAUAUUCACAAAUUUUGUAUUAUUCAGUAAUACUUGCUUGUGAUGACCCGCAUUUAUGAGUUAUUCGUAAGCUUGCCAGGCUUCUGGAUUUUGUUGCUUUCAGUAUUUUAUGAGCCAAAGUUAUUGUUCUUUUAUCCCUUUGUCUUAGCGUUGAAGCGGGAUACUUUAACGAGGCCAUGAUCUCUGAUGUCUCGGCUGUGUGCUCUAAAUUUUAGAACGGUUUUUAUUUGUUUUGGAGUAGAUACUUUCUUCGUCUUCUUCGCUUGAGUUAGCUUCUAAUCGCGACAACUACUUUUAUUCUUGAAGUAUUUCCAUUGUAAAACCUAUUAAGUAUUUCUUUCCAGUAUUCGUUAUAUCCGUAAUGGAUUUGGUCUCGUAAUUACCUUCUCUAACAUUUAUAAUUUUUGAUGGUUGCGUUCAACAAUAUUUAAUAUUUUUUAUUAUUGUCCCACAAAUCACAUUCUCUUCUCCUGGCUGAUUUGAGUGGAAUUUAGAGUACUCGAAAUGUAAUAGAUUUAAGCCACGAUCGAUGCAUCGGUCACUAACACAACAUGACGCUCAUUAUUUCCGAAAUCUCGGAAUUUUAAUAAUUUUAAAGUUCAUUUCAAUGCAAUGUUUUUGUGUGGUUUUUGCAAUUGCAAAGUGCGUUUGUGAAGCUUUUUGAGUGUGAAACAGAAACUUAGUAGGCAAUAUUUGAGUGUCCAGUUAUUGAGAUGAGAAAUCUUCCCGAUAUUCUUUCAAUGACUCGUUUGGUUUGAUAUGUUAUGUUAAAGAGCGAUAAUGUUUUAUUGGUAAUUCAAGUAAAGGAAGAUUUUAGUAACUGAUGGACAAAUUCCAUUGUUAAGAAGCAAACUUGAGUGUUACUCGUACCUCCAGUAUGAGGAAAAACAAGUUCCAUUUCAUACGCAAAUGUUGCGUAAAGACAGAAGUAUAUUUUUCAUAUUAAAUAAUACCUUCGAUGUUCUCGGUUUUUUUCUAAUUCACUCGCCAAAAUUACGAUUCCUGGUUCACGCAUGUAUUUAAUUAGAUCAGGGAUUAUUUUUAAAACGUACAUUUUUGUAUAUUGUAUUGGAUUUUGCUGUUGAUGGAUGAAAUCAUAAAGUUUCUCUCUCAGGUAAUCGUGUAUGUGCCAGGUGUAUCGCUUACUUUACAUAAUUUUUUCGAAGCUAAUCCCGUUUUUGCAACGUCGUGCCGUUCCACAGAACGUAUACGUACGUUAAGUGCCACGGAAGAUCAUAACAUAUUAUUAAAUGUUUUAAUAAUUAUGAAAACGAUUGUGUGAUUCUCUUACUAAUGGCCGCUGCAACGCACACGUCAGAGCUGUCGGAAGUUUUUUUAAUAAUAGACAAACGCGCUAAUGUCAUCAAAGCAACGCAUUUUCGUCGCGUAAAACGUUUGUUUGUGUGAAAUUGAAUCACAAAUGCGCUUGUCGAAGCUAAAAAAAUUCUGAAUAAAUUACAAACAAUGAACUGUUGAAACAUUCUCCAUGUAAAAUACUUCUGAAGCAAAGUUUGUUGGCAGUAACCAGUAGGUUUGUAUAGUGUAUUAUAAAACGUUGUUAGCGUAAUGAAGAAGAUUGGUUUGGGCUAAUGUCCCGUUUUUAUAAACGCAUUCUUUUCCCUAUUGUCUCACUGUGGUUUCUUGUAUUUUUGCAGUGUAAAUACGUGAAAUCUGUUUCUCAGAAUUCCCUCCAUUGAAUAUUAGCGUCAUGAACGACGUAAAAUAGAUUCAACUAAUUUGUUACCGAGGCUGACGACUGAUGGUAUCGAUACUUCUUGUAACACUCACUAGGAGACUGUGUGGAUGGUCUAAGUCAAUCGUCUAUCUAAAAUCUAGGGCCAAUUCAGAACCUAUCUUCUUCAUUUAAGAAGUUAUGAUUCUCUACUAGAUAACUUUUAGAGAUAAACAGAAUAAUCCGGACUUACUGAUGCUUAGGGGAGCAAGCUUGAUUAUUAUUCUCAAUGUAGCUUCAUUAAUCCAAGUGAUUGAUAUUCUGGAGAAUUAAGUUUCGUUAUAGUAAAUAUAAUGGGGAAUUUAUAUGCCAGCUCGUUAGUGUUCUUGAGAUUGUACAGAACGCGUAAAGAUAGUAAACGCCAUAUCUCGUGAAUGUUGUAGCGCUAUUCUACCGUAGUCUAGAGUAGUAUCACUUCGUUGAUCCAUCCUAUUCUCUUAAUAAUAGUCGUUAGUGAUCGAACAAUCGAGUAAAAACAAUGGAAUUGGACACACUACACACUUUGAAAUAACAAUAUCUUGAUGGUAAUAAUGAAUGCUAAUAGGAAAGUCAUUUUAUGUAAGAACUUCUUUGCUGGUCGUUGUGUCGAAUGGGUUGGAAUUGGGAGCCAUGAUUGUUGCUUUGAUAUUGGUUAGAAUUAAACACGAUUGUCUAGAUGAUCUAAUUCACACUGAACAAAAUUGUUUCUUCAACGAUCCAACACUCACUGUUUGUCAGGCCUCCAGAGAUAGUUAGAUCCUGGAUAUAGUUUAAGUACCAUUAACAAUAUUCCAUUUGUCUCGAUCCAGUCAAUCGAAAGAUUGCCGACGUGUCGCCAUUCUAAUGCCCUACAAUGCAAGUAUUAAUUAAUGCUCUAGAAUGCAAGUAAAUCAUAGCUCAUUUUCUAGACUAGUAUUACGCGGAGCAUUUGAGGCUCCACGCUAUAUUCUUGUAUUAUCUCGGGCCGCGUUCUCGUCCGAUUCAACAUAAUGCCAUCUCAAUAUUUUGCUCAUUUACUCGUUGGGAAUCAUUCGGAGUUAAUUUCCUAUCGGCAUUUCUUCUGUUGGAUGUUUCAUGUGUUGCUGCAACGGAAUAACUUUCAAGCAUGAAAGGAGGCUCAUUAAAUUUUUCUAACUUUUACAUUUUAAUAAUUGCCAGCGGUUUUAAAAGAAGAGUAAAACGCAGUAGAGACAAUUAUUGUGUAACUCAAAUUAUUUGUACAGAACAAUGAAUCGUUCUAGGACACGGUCAUCUUGUAGUGUAUUAAUUAAAUUUAAGUAAUUCAAUAUAUUUUAUAGAUUGUACGGUACCACUCCCAUGUCCAAGGUAGAAGACAUUCUGGUCUGUUUAUCGAUUAGGGAUUUCGGUAUUCUUACCGCGGGGCUUUUUAUUCCUGUAUCUUGCAACCACAAAACUAAUAGAAUAAUAUUCCAGAUUU